UUCGGUCCGGUUGACACCACCCAUUCAUCCGGAUCCGAGCUUGCCAUUCAUUUCUUUCGCCGUUGGAGAUCGAGUUGCGCUCCUGUCAUCCUCGUCCAAAGCCCUAAACCCCAGUGCUGUGUUUCCCAGUUAAAAACUCAGUAAGCUCAACAAAGAGAGAAAAUGAGAAUGCACAAACUGAAAGUUUUACUAUCACUGACUCAACCAUUGCGGAGACAUGAUUCCCGAUUCCUCUCUAAUCACCAUUGUAGACACUUCUCUGCUCAACCCAGCUACGCCCAAGUGGAUUAUCUUCAAGAACAGGUUUUGGUUGAAGGAAGGGCUAAAUCAAGAGCAGCUAUUCUCAAUAGACCAUCUGCACUUAAUGCUAUUACUCCUUCUAUGGCUGCUCGUUUAAGUAGAUUGUACGAGUCUUGGGAGGAAAACUCAGAUAUUGGAUUUGUCAUGAUGAAGGGGAAUGGCAGAGCAUUUUGCUCUGGAGCAGACAUCGUCACUCUUUAUGAGUUGAUUAAUGAAGGGAAGGUUGAGGAGUGCAGGAAGUUCUUCGAAACAUUAUAUAAAUUUGUUUACUUGUUAGGAACAUAUCUCAAGCCAAAUGUGGCAAUUUUGGAUGGUGUCACAAUGGGAAGUGGGGCAGGUAUUUCGCUUCCAGGAAUGUUUCGCGUUGUAACUGAUAGAACUGUUUAUUCUACCCCUGAGGCUCAAAUUGGUUUUCAUCCUGAUGCAGGGGCUUCUUAUUAUCUAUCUCGUCUUCCUGGCUACUUAGGGGAGUAUUUGGCUUUAACAGGAGAAAAGCUUAAUGGUGUAGAAAUGAUUGCUUGUGGUCUUGCUACCCACUAUUCACUCAAAGAAAGGCUUCCUUGGAUGGAAGAACGUCUCGGUAAAUUGAUCACAGAUGAUCGUCUUGUCAUUGAAAAUUCUCUAGCCCAGUAUGGUGACCUUGUUUACCCAGAUAGCAAGAGUGUUCUGCACAAGUUUGAGAAAAUCGAUAAGUGCUUUAGCCAGGAUACAAUUGAGGAAAUUAUAGAAGUUCUGGAAAGAGAGGCAGCAGAAUCUCAUGAUGAAUGGUGUAAUGCAGCUCUUAAUAAAAUAAAAGAAGCCUCUCCAUUGAGUUUGAAAGUGGCUUUGAAAUCAAUUAGAGAAGGCAGAUUUCAACCCCUUGAUCAGUGUCUAGUUCGUGAAUAUCGCAUAUCCGUUAAUUGGGUGUCCAAACGGAUGUCCGGUGAUUUCUGUGAGGGUGUUCGUGCUCGAUUGGUUGACAAGGACUUUGCUCCAAAGUGGGGUCCAACGCGGCUGGAAGAAGUUACCACCGACAUGGUUGACUGCUUCUUCACCCCAUUAGGUGAAUUAGAACCCGAACUGAAUUUGGCCACUGCACUACGAGAGCCUUCUAUGUGAUUGAUAUCCUGCUUUGCUCUACCUAUGGGAAGUUUUAUGUUCCCGGGUUCAUUAUAAUACGAGGGACUGACUGGAAAAUCAGGACUGCUAAAGACAUUCCUAUCAAUAUGUUGGAUAUAUUUCGGUUCCCUUGGAGCAUAGGUAAAAUGCUUAACUGCUAAUGUCUCAGGUACUAGAUGGUGGGUAAACAAGAAAAUGAUAGGGCUGGCUACGCAUUGAUUUUAUCACCUUUGACUUUUUCAAAUAUAUUUCUGAUGUUUCGAGACCUCUCAGGAGUUGAUGUUUCGAGGCUCUCAGAUUUGACCGUUUAGGUGUGUACAUCAUGAGAAGAAUGUUUUGUGAAAUAAAUUACCAUGGUACCUUCAGAUUUUUUUGCACAUCCUGUUUGGCCCAUGGAUAAGUGUAAACGAUAAUUUUGCGCGAGUAAUACUACUAGCAAGAGUUAUAGUUGAACCCUGA